UUUCUAUUUUUAGAACUGACACUAUUCCUCGUUCAUGCAUUUAAAAUGUGUAUUAACAUUACAAAACGGGUUUUUAUUCAUUAUUUUACGUUCGUUGGAAUGAUCGUUUUGUACUGAUCGGUUGAGUAUUUGCUGAAUGUCACUGAGUCCGAGGAGGGAUCUAGAAUAUUGUGUUAUCCACCUGCAAACGUUGAAUGCCCACGUGAUACUAAAAUCAUUCCUGGAGAGAUAAGUUAUCAGUCUAUAUGUGCUGAGCUGCAACUAUCGUAUGUCUGCUGUGUUGGGAGAUUUCGUGUUGCUUCACCAGUCUUUAGUUUUUAUGCUGUAUUCAAGUGCUAUUUGUAGUUUAGUUUGACGACUGAAUCUUAAGGAUGUCUCGUAAGAUUGAGGAGAAUAGAAUUUAAAAGUGGUUUUAUCAUUUGUUAAGUGUCUAGAGUCGUUUGUGAAUUAGCUAAAGACUCUAUCCUCUCAAUCCACUUAUUUAUGUUGAGAAAUCUCUAUUCAGUUUUAGUAAAUCAAAAAGUAAACUGAUUUAUUUGGUCAAAGUGUGAAAUUAAUCAGGACGCCCAACUUUAUUAAAAGUUACUGGAAGUCGAUUGGGGGAGAAUGAUAAUGUGCGGAGAUAUUUUCAGUGGAUAUUAAGUCUGUUCAUGAAAGGUCAUUCAUAAUUAAUAGAAAGUUGUUUACUCAUUGAAUUGAGAACAAAUAGAUUUCUCACCAUUAAUUAAUUUUGGGAGUCAUAAAAUGGCAGAGAGUCCAUCGAAGUUUCCCACAUCGUUGUCCCUCCUCUCUUUGGAGAACAGCGGUCUUUACCAUCGACGAAUGGCGUCCCGUCGAAAUUCCGCUGAGGGAGAUAAUGCUGAUGAGAGCACUGAAAAAGUUGAUUAUGAAGAACUUGCGGAGUGGAAGAAUCCCGAGGCUCCAAAAUUGCCUGCGAGAAAUCCUCCCUUUUCUCAUAAUGUUUACAAUGGCCCUGUCAUUGCGCCCAGGAAGGAGACCACUCGAAUCACUGGGAUGUCGUUGGACAACAUGUUCUGCUCCAGGUGCCGGGAGGGCUUCGAAGCACACGAAAAAAUUGUUAAUUCUCAUGGGGAAUUGUGGCAUCCACAGUGUUUUGUGUGUGCCCAGUGCUUCCGUCCCUUUCCCGAGGGGAUCUUCUACGAGUUCGAGGGUAGAAAAUACUGCGAACACGAUUUCCACGUUUUGUUUGCACCCUGCUGUGGUCGAUGUGGAGAGUUUGUGAUCGGCAGAGUCAUAAAGGCGAUGAACGCAAAUUGGCAUCCAGGAUGUUUCCGCUGUGAGGAAUGCGAUUUCGAACUCGCUGAUGCUGGAUUUAUCAAGUGCCAGGGAAGAGCUCUCUGUCAUACUUGCAAUGCUCGAGUGAAGGCUGGAGCCCUUGGGAAACACAUUUGUCAUCAAUGCCAUGGAGUCAUCGAUGACAAGCCCCUACGAUUCCGAGGAGAAGUGUAUCAUCCCUACCACUUCAAUUGUACUGCCUGUCAGGUGGAGCUGAAUUCCGAUGCUAGGGAAGUCCGAUCGCGGCCUGGAUAUGCAGCCAAUGAAAUGAAUGAAUUGUAUUGCCUUCGUUGCCAUGACAAGAUGGGAAUUCCUAUCUGUGGAGCUUGUCGACGUCCCAUCGAGGAGAGAGUGGUCACUGCCUUGGGAAAACACUGGCAUGUGGAGCAUUUCGUAUGUGCUAAGUGUGAAAAACCGUUCUUGGGACAUCGCCAUUACGAGAAAAAGGGCUUGGCUUACUGUGAGACUCAUUAUCAUCAGCUGUUUGGGAAUCUCUGCUUCGUUUGUAAUCAAGUUAUUGCUGGAGAUGUGUUUACAGCUCUCAACAAAGCCUGGUGUGUCCACCACUUUGCAUGUGCCUUCUGCGACCAGAAAAUGAAUCAGAAGACAAAAUUUUUCGAGUUUGAUCUGCGUCCAGCCUGCAAAAAGUGCUACGACAAAUUCCCUCAAGAAUUGAAAAAACGCAUGCGUCGAAUGUACGAUCUGAAUCCCAAGAGAAUACCCGCGUAAAGAUUCUCAUCUUGCCAACGGUCUAAACCGACGUCUCGAUUUCGAAAAUCUUCAUGUAUAACCAAAGUAACUCAACGUAUUUUACUGGAAUUUUUCUAACAAGCUUUUUUCUUAUUUUAUUAUCAUGCCCUAGAGGCGAUGCACUGCCUUCCUUUUUUGGGAACUUAAUCCACUUAAGGUGCGUCAACAAAUAAAUUUCUACGACAAUUUGAAUAAUUCAUAUUUACAAGAAAAUAAAACCUUAUAUUUGAAAUAA